AUGGAUGUAUUAAAAUAUUGUUUAGUGUUAUUAUUAUUAGAACAUUAUUUUAAAACAUCUUUAGGUCAUAUAAUUAGUAAAAAAUUGAAGUUUUACAUAAAAAAUUAUAAAUCCAAUAACAUUAGGAAGAAUAGAAAUGUAAUAAUUCAUUUAACAAGAGAAAGCAAUAAAGAAAUAAAGAUUGUCAAAUAUCCAAAUCCAGUACUACGAAAAAAAUGUGAAGACGUUAUUAAUUUUGAUGAUAAUUUAAAGAAUUUAAUUAGAAUUAUGUUUAAUAUUAUGUAUGAAAAUAAAGGUAUAGGUUUAUCAGCACCUCAAGUAAACAUAAGUAAAAAAAUUAUUGUAUGGAAUGCAUUAUAUGAAAAAAGAAAAAGUGAAAAUGAGAGAGUUUUUAUUAAUCCAUCUAUAGUAGAACAAAGUCUAAUUAAAACAAAACUAGUUGAAGGGUGCUUAUCAUUCCCAAAUGUUGAAGGAAAAAUAGAAAGACCAAAUAUAGUUUCAGUUAGUUAUUUUGAUCUUGAAGGAAACAAACAUUUAAAAAUUCUAAAAGGAAUACAUUCUAGAAUAUUUCAACAUGAAUAUGAUCAUUUGAAUGGAAUACUAUUUAUUGACAGAAUGACUCAAAAUGAAAAAAAAAAAAUUAAAGCAAAGUUAAAUCAGCUAACACAAGAAUAUAAAAAGAAUUAUUCUGAAGAACCAGCUAUUUAA